AUGCCGCGGCCUCCUCUCCCUCUCCGUCGCACCCGAGCUGUCGUCGCCCUCGCGAUCCCAGCGCGUCGCCCUCGCCCCUCGCGCCACCGUCUCCACAUCCCAUCACGCCAGGCGCUCAGGUCUCCGGUGCCGCAGCCGGACGCGCACGUCACCGGGUGCCCAGACGGCUCCACGCUGCUGCUUGCACGACCUUCCCCAUGGCGCUCAUCUGAACUGAUUAAAGGCAGGUCGGAGCCGUUGCUGGACUUCACCGACGACAUCACCGAAGAGCCCCUGUCCCUGCGUUGCUGGCAUGGACGUGCCUGGAUCCUCAACUUCUUGGGCGGCGGCAUUUCUGGACUUCGUCGACAACAUCACCGAAGAGACAGAGUCCCUGCCUCGUCAGCGAGGACGUGCCUGAUAAUAUUCGACAACAUAAUGAACCGAGAAAUACCUUGGCCAUGCGUACCAGCAGAGCUGAUUUUUGAAGCUUAUGAUUUGAUAGACAAGGGUGAGUGUGGCAGCAUGGAAAAAUUUGGUGCACCGUUGUCGGUGAAAUAUUAUUACAGCAACUUCUCAUUCAAGUGGCAGGUGUUCCAUGGCGAGAUUGAUGGAAAUGAUGAAUGGAGGCACAAGGAUUCCAGAUGGGUGGCAACCGCACAGCUCAUGGAGCUGCUCGUGCUCCACUCUAUACAUGCCCUCUGCAAUGAUGAUGGAGAUAGUGCAGCCGGUUAUAUCGACACCCUGAAGAAAAAUAUAACGCAGGGAGAAUGGUCGGAGCAAGUGUCUAGAGUUGGGCAGCAUGCGGCAAGAACUAGACUGCAUGUCCAGACACGUAUGUAUGCCUUGGUUGCGUUUUCUGUUGAUAACAAGGAGUACCUUCAGGUUUUGAAGGGUGCUCAAGUCAUGAUUAACGUAGAGAUCAUAAGUCAGACUUUGAAGUGUUACUCUUGGAUGAGCUGUUGA